UCAGUGGGGAGGUCACAGUCCUGCAGGCACAGAGCUCUCCCAUCCUCUCCACCACAGACACACACUCCUUCCUUUCUAUCCCUGCCCUGCCUUGCUGUUUCCAUCCAUUCAAUGAUUAUCUUCCCUCAUCCAAAGGAGCCUCACUCAGUCUCUUUCUGUUUGGAUUAACCUUCGUCUUUCUGUGAUGCUGUUGCUACGGUGACUGUGCUCGGGGUCUAUUGCUGGUGACGGAGUCAUUAUUUCAACAGCCUGUCCUUGUGUCGAGCGAUGAGGAUCUGAUCAUCUGUUGCCGAAACGGAGGUCCCCCCUACGGUAGACUAGACGAUGUCCACGAUGGUGUACCCAAGGGAAGAGAAGCUAGAGAAGCUGUCCCAGGAGGAGAUCAUCUCCAACACCAAGCUGGUGAUCCAGGGCCUGGAGGCACUGAAGAAUGAGCACAACUCCAUCCUGCACAGCCUGCUGGAGACCAUCAAGUGCCUGAAGAAAGAUGAGGCUAACCUGGUGCACGAGAAGUCCAGCCUUCUGCGCAAGUCUGUGGAGAUGAUCGAGCUGGGCCUUGGAGAAGCACAGGUGAUGAUGGCCCUGUCCAACCACUUAAACGCAGUGGAGUCUGAAAAGCAGAAGCUGCGAGCCCAGGUGCGUCGGCUGUGCCAGGAGAACCAGUGGCUGAGGGACGAGCUGGCCAACACACAGCAGAAGCUGCAGAAGAGCGAACAGAGCGUGGCACAGCUGGAGGAGGAGAAGAAGCACCUAGAGUUCAUGAACCAGCUCAAGAAGUACGACGAGGACGUCUCACCCACUCAGGAGGAGAAGGACGGCGAGCCACCAAAGGACUCUCUGGAUGAUCUCUUCCCCAACGAUGAAGAGGAGCAAGGCCAAGGCAUGCAGCACCAGCACAACAGUGCUGCAGUGGCCGCAGCCCAACAGGGAGGCUAUGAGAUCCCAGCCCGCCUGAGGACCCUCCACAAUCUGGUGAUCCAGUAUGCCUCACAGGGGCGCUACGAGGUGGCCGUGCCCCUCUGCAAACAGGCCCUGGAGGACCUGGAGAAGACCUCCGGACACGACCACCCUGAUGUCGCCACCAUGCUCAAUAUACUGGCCCUUGUCUACAGGGAUCAGAACAAAUACAAAGAGGCUGCCCAUCUGCUCAACGACGCUCUGUCCAUCCGGGAGAAGACUCUCGGCAAAGACCACCCUGCUGUUGCUGCUACACUCAACAACCUGGCCGUGCUCUAUGGAAAGAGGGGCAAGUACAAGGAGGCCGAGCCACUGUGCAAGAGAGCUUUGGAGAUAAGAGAAAAGGUGCUGGGCAAGGACCACCCAGAUGUGGCUAAGCAGCUGAACAACCUGGCCCUGCUGUGUCAGAACCAGGGCAAGUAUGAAGAGGUGGAGUACUACUACUGCCGCGCCCUGGAGAUCUAUGAGUGCAGACUGGGUCCCGACGAUGCCAAUGUGGCCAAGACCAAGAACAACCUGGCAUCCUGCUUUCUCAAGCAGGGGAAAUACAAAGAGGCUGAGAUUCUGUACAAAGAGAUUCUGACCCGUGCCCAUGAGAAAGAGUUUGGAUCUGUUGAUGCUGAGAACAAACCCAUCUGGAUGCACGCCGAAGAGAGAGAGGAGAUGAGUAAGGGCAAGCACAGAGACAACACCCCGUACGGCGAGUAUGGAGGCUGGUACAAGGCCUGCAAAGUGAACAGCCCGACAGUGAACACCACCUUGAGAAACCUGGGAGCUCUGUACCGCCGACAGGGCAAGCUAGAGGCCGCUGAGACCCUGGAGGAGUGUGCCAUGAGGUCCCGCAAGCAGGGCAUAGACCCCAUCCAACAGACACGUGUGGUGGAGAUCUUAAAGGAUGGCGAGGGGGACAGGGAGAGGCGGAGGAGCCGGGACAGUCUGUCCGGCGUCAAGUACGAGAGCGGCUCUGAGACCGUCGAGGAAGUGAGUAUGGGCGUAGAGUGGAACGGGGAUGGUAGUGGGGCGCUACAGCGCAGUGGUUCCCUAGGGAAGCUAAGGGACGUCCUGCGUAGAAGCAGCGAGCUACUAGUGAAAAAACUACAGGGCAAUGGACCUCCAGAACCAACCAGAACCAGCACCAACAUGAAGAGAGCUGCCUCCCUGAACUACUUGAACAAGGCCAGUGACCUAGAUGGUUUCCAGGGUCCAGGCAUCAGCAGGCUAAAGGAGAGUCGUGGCCUGAGCUCCAGCACUGUAGAUCUGUACAGCGGAAACUGAGAAAUGAGCAACAUACUAGCACACGUUACUCCUGUCUCAGCCCACCAUAAUAACCACUGCCCCAAAGAAACAUAUACCUACUACACCAUGUCAGCUCCCAGAGCCAGAAGCCCAAAGAUUCAGCGACACCUCGAUCUCUGCUACCACAACCACUUCCCUAAAGACACAUCCAUGUUGCUCUAAAGUCUUCUGAGCCUUGAACCCAAGGCAACCAUGUGGUUGCCUGUUUCUUUCAGAUACUCUGGUCCCAAAGACAUGCCCGCUUCUCCCUCUCAGUAAUCAGGACCUCCUCCCAAAGACCCCCCUGCCACACCCUCCACCGGUGAGGGAAUGUUUUCUGGGCUAGAGGUAUACAGGGCAUGUUGGCUAUGGGACACAUUAAAAACAGGGCAUUUCCUGAAACAGGCGUGUGUCCCUAUAGGCUAUUGGGAUCAGACUGGGAAACUACCCAGCAAGAAACACACCUCUUAUGAAAUGUUUCCUGUAUACCCGUAGUAAAUAACUAUAGGUGUGUGUGUGUGUGUGUGUACACGGUUUAGUUACAACUGGAAUCUCUGUUGCCAUUGCUGUGCUUUUCUGUAAUUGCGAUAUGUUAUACAUCCCUGUAAAAUACUUUUGUUUAAUUGUGCUGAAUCCUACAGUUUUGAUUUAAUAUUCCUGUGCCGCUAUUCCUUGUUUUAACAUUGCAAAUUGUUUUGCAUUUUUACCUUGUAAAACAAAAACGGACCCCCAGAUAGAGCUCACUACAUGUUGGUAGGAAAUUGGUUUGCUGUCAUUCUGGCAGGAUUUACAUAACCUUAUGAUUUAUUAACCCUUUAGUUGCCUAUUGAGAUUGCUAGGGAGACACGGUGUUGGUCGAAAGCUUUGGAUAAUAGGGCGAAUAAAAUGAAAUACUGUGUGACUAGUAUAGGAGGGUGUCCUAAAUGGCAUCCUAUUCCCUACAUAGUGCUCUACUUUUGACCAGGGCCCUCCUAUGGGCCUUGGUCAAAAGUAGCAUACUAAAUAGAGAAUAGGGUGCCAUUUGGGAAGUAACCAUAGAUAACAGGGUUGAUGUUAAGCACAUUGCUGCCACCCACUGGUGCCAUGGGUGUUCUGAAGUAGGAUGCUUGAAAAGUCAUUGAAUUCACCAGAUGGCUCCACCCAGAAUGAGGCCAUUGAAUUUUACUGUCUGAUGUUAUGAUCACCACCAGCAGGCACUCUCUUAAGAUUAUGGUUUAAAUUGGAGUUACUUAGGAUGAUACAUUUCUAAAUGUGUAUAUAUGAUUCUUCUUUUGGGGUGAUAAUUUUGCACAACUCUUGGAUGGGUCUCUAUUUUUUUAUUUCGAUUUUACUAAUUUAAGACGCUCUUAUCCAGAGCGACAUACAGUUGUGAGUGCGUCAUUUUCAUAAAUUCCCAUGGGAAUUUAACCCACAACCCUGGUGUUGGAAGUGCCACACUACCAACUGAGCCACAUGGGAUCAACUGUAAUGUAAAGAAAAUCAACAUUGAACAUAAAUGGCAUGUUAUGUGAUUGUAAAGGAGUUGCUUGGCUUGUUGUGUAUUUGGUCACUUUCACUAGGCACAGAAUGAAAGAAAGCUCCUCCCCGUUUGACUGUUAUCUGAAAAUGUACAAAAGGAAACACUUUUUCGUUUGACGUUACGCAAAGUCUUGAAACGUUUAGAAACAGUGUGCCCUAAUGAAUACAACCUUGUUCAACGCUUUGUUUUUUGUUGUCCUUUUAACACUGGAACAUAUUGGGUAUCUGCGUAGUAGUUUGACAGAUAUCUGUUCACACUUUUCAUAAUCGGGGUUUGUGAUUCAUCUUUUGUACUUAAAAGCCAUUCAACAUGCUGCAAUGCAUCUGCUCUAGUAAGGUUCUGUCUGUCUUGUAUCUAUUUUGGUUCUUACAUGUUAUACUGGAUAUGUCAUCUGUACAUCUGUCUUUUCCACUGUCAGUUCUGCCUUUCUGUCUACCAAUAAAAAUGUGUUCCCCUGCC